AUGGAACGUCUUCUCCGACUGGGUGCUGAUGGGUUAGCUGCUUUGGGACAGUCAAGUGCCCAACCAACAGAUGGCCCUGUGCCAGACACAGCUGAGCAAGUGUAUAUAAGCAGCCUUGCUCUACUAAAAAUGCUCAAACAUGGAAGAGCUGGUGUUCCGAUGGAAGUUAUGGGUCUAAUGUUAGGUGAAUUUGUUGAUGACUAUACUGUAACCGUCGUCGAUGUGUUUGCCAUGCCUCAGUCUGGUACAGGUGUUAGUGUCGAGGCUGUAGAUCCUGUUUUUCAGGCUAAAAUGUUAGAUAUGCUCAGACAAACUGGACGUCCAGAGAUGGUUGUUGGCUGGUACCACUCACAUCCAGGUUUUGGUUGUUGGUUAUCUGGAGUUGAUAUGAAUACACAACAGAGUUUUGAGGCACUUUCUGACCGUGCAGUGGCUGUUGUUGUGGACCCUAUACAAAGCGUAAAAGGCAAAGUUGUAAUUGAUGCUUUUCGUUUAAUCAACCCAAAUCUUGUUAUUACACAUCAAGAGCCUAGGCAAACUACAUCAAAUGUCGGACAUCUUAGCAAACCUACAAUUCAAGCUCUGAUUCACGGUCUCAAUAGACAUUAUUAUUCUCUACCAAUCAAUUACCGCAAAAAUAAGUGGGAAAUUAAAAUGCUGAUGAAUUUGAACAAACGUACAUGGAGAGAUGGGCUAACCUUAGAAGAUUAUAACACUCAUUGCUCAGCUAACCACAAAACGCUUCAAACUAUGCUCGAUCUCGUCAAGUCCUAUAAUAAGUCGCUUGAAGAUGAGGAAAAGAUGACUCCAGAGCAGUUGGCUAUCAAAAAUGUGGGGAAAAUGGAUCCAAAGCGACACUUAGGAGAGCAUGUGGAUGAACUGAUGACCUCCAAUAUAACACAGUGUUUGGGAGCUAUGCUACAUUCUGUUGUCUUCACAUGA